UCCUGGUCCCGGUCUGAGAUCCAGCAACCGGAGCACCGGGGGUGAGGGCACCGCACGCAACUUCGGGGCGCGGAGCGAGUCUGCGGGCCCGGUGCCCUCCUCGUCCCGGUUCCCGGUACAGAGCCCGCCAUGCCCUCCGCUUACCCGCAGCGGGCCCUGACGGUGCUGUUGCUCUUCGGCACCUUGGCCGCCGCCAUGGCCCUGCUCGCCUCCAGCCUCAUCUUCCAGCUGCCGUCGGGCCGGGUCGGUCCCGCUGCCGGUCCCGGUGCCGGUCGAGGGGCUCUGCCGGAGCCGGCGGCCGCCGUGCUGCUGCCGGUAUCGGCCGUGCUGGCCGCGCUCUGCCUGGUGCUCAACGUGAGCUGCCUCCUCCUCUGCCUCCUCCACGGCUACUUCAGCACCGAGCUGUGCCGGGGGCAGCCCGGGCCCGACCGGGCAGACUGGUUCCUGCUGGACAGCCGCACCGUGCGCCACGCUGCCAUCGGCCUCUUCUGCUGCGGGGUCUCUGUCUACCUGACAGCUCUCGCCAUCUACAUGCUGCUGCUGUUUGAGCUGGAGGCCGGCAUCGCCAGCGCCUGCAUCCUCUCCUCUGGCAUCAUUGUCCUGCUCAUCACGGUCACACAUGCCCUGGUUCGGGCUUCCCAGGUUUCCCGGCGCGGCCGCUCUGAGGUCUCUCACACCCUGUAUGAGAACGACUCUGCCCAGCACGGUGACCCCUCCACCAGUGAUCUCAACAACAAGAACGUGGCUGCGCCCCGGCCUCGGCCUGAGAUCCACCGGGAAUUCUCCUUCCCUCCUUUCCUGGAGCGCAAAUCCCAGCUGGGCUCCCCGGCCAGCAGCAACCUCACCUCCUCCGGCAGCCCCGGGAAGGAGAGCUACAACCUGCCCCGAACACACAGGACACUGUCAGCAGAGUCGGGUCUGCUGCAGGCACAGGGCAAGCCCUGGAACAGCAUCACACAGGAGAUGAGGAACCUGAUGUCUCGCAAACCUGGAGCCUCGGGCAAGGACUCGACUCUGGUGUGAGUGGAAGUGGGACCCCUUCUCCCCAUCUCCUCCCAUGGGACCCGCAAGCACCAGGGCUAAGAUCUGCAUCUGUAUUUAGAGCUUAACGUAGGUCUUGUCUCACCAGAGCAGGGGGUGGCUGUGUUCCCACCAUCGUGCUUGGGGGUCUGUGCAGCCGCUGCCUGAUGCUCUUUGAUUUAUGGAGAAGACACCACCUCCACUCAAAGCCAAAAGUCCUCGGCUGUAACUGCAGCAAACAAAUAUGUGGGUGAGAAGAAGCAAGUGGACCUUGUCCAUAAGCAGACCUACUCUCCUUCUCCAGCAGAUCCCAGCCGAGCUCUCUAUCCAUCACUCCCUGUCCUUCUGCUGCCUCCUUCCUUCUUCCCCCCCCAUCCCAGGAGCCAUCACUACACCAAGGCAGAUCAUACAACCACCCAUCGGGGCGCAGCCAGGCAGGGGGUAAGAAAACAAGGAAGAUUGAGGAGCAAGUGAGCUGGAAGCAGAGGAGUCUGCAGGCCACAGAGGGUGGGUUUGGGGCAGCAGAGAGCCUGCAGCUUGGUCACCAGCAUGUCUGCUCUCUGAGCAGAACACAGCUUGCUGAGCAGGGCCACCAACAGCUCUCCACAAGGAAAGGGUUGUGCUGGAGCAGCCCUGGCUUUGCUCAGCAGUGGAGGCACCUCAGAAUUACCGGGGUGCCCCCAGAGCAGGGCAGGCUCUCACAGCUGAGGUUCUCGAAGGGGUUUGCAUUGGCGCUGCUGCAUGCAGGGCAGAGCACAGGUACUAAAGGCAGUGCUGUUGCCAUGACACACAAGUAGGUUCAGCUCACUCUGUCCCUCUGACCAACACCUCACUGGUUACUCACAGCUUCACACCAGCCCUGCCCUGGCCCACAGCAGCAGCACAGGUGGUUCUUCCCCAAUUCCUUAUCAUUCAGCAGCUACUAAAGCAUUUCAGGGAGGGAAAAGAG